AAUGGAAAUAUUUUAUAUUAAUUAUUAUGAAAUUAAUUUUAUUUUCAGUAAAAAAGAAUCGAAGCAACUGCAUUUAGAUUUUAUUUAUUCAUUUAUUUAUUUAUCUUAGGACUUUACUCACUGGAAGUCUAUUAAUUAUAUUAUUAUUACCAAAUUGUAAUACUUUUAUGCCAUGAAAUGGUUCCAGAAUUUCUCUAUUUCAAAAUCAACCAUUUGAUAUGCAACAAUCUGAUACAAAAUAAUAGUGAAUUUCUAUUUCAUUUGAAAAUGGUAGAUAAGCUCUUAAAACCUGCCAAAUAUAAUUAAAAGGAACAACGAAGGAAUUAGUACAAAAAUUUCCAUGGAAAAAGUAGCGUGACCGAAACGAUGCUAAUUAAGAAGCUGGGAUAAUCCUUUACCGUCUUCCAACAUCUUAAAAAUUGAUCUCCGUCCUAUCUGUCCUCCUAAUCCCUGAGAUUAAUACUUCAUGCCAAUACAAGAGCCUCCCGACAACUUGACCCUGCGAUUCUAUGGUUGAGGGGGUGCGAGAGGAGGACUCCUGGGGGCUUCCAGGGCGGAGCAUCCCUUAUCAGCACUGAACACUCGUCGCUCUGCGCAGCCUCUGUGGCUUCAGUGACUUUUUCAAACGAAUUCACCACCACCUAUAGUUCUUGCUUCGAAAACUUCCUUGCUUGAUACUCAUCUUGGAAUAUUACAAAGGAAUAUCUUAUCUCACUUCUUGUAACAACAUUUGUCAUAAUUCAAAUAACAACCCUCCCAUUUUUGUGAGAGACACGUGGAAUUUAUAUGGGGUGUUCCAAAUAGUAAUUAACUAACUAAUUAUUAUUUUUUGAGAUAUUAUUUCUUCAAUAUAUGAUAGAUUUUCAUUCAGAAAAUUGAGUGGCAAAUUUUAAUUAAUGCACUAUUAUAUGCUUUUCAUAGGUGUGGGUCAUAAUUAACCCAUCGAUACUUCAAAAAUUAAUAAGAAAAAAAAAUACAUUCAAGUUUUUAUUUUUCCAUGUAGAAAUAAAAAAUAUUCUCUUGUCAGAUGAAAAAGGCAUGAAACAUAGUGGCGCAGAAAAUUAUCAUGGGAGAUCUGUAGCAUGAAAAAGCUAACGGGAAUGGAAUAUGGUCGAGCACGUGAAGAAUUAUUGUCGGCAGGCUGUGCCAAUAGAAAAGAGGCGUGUCGUCGGGUUUGCGCAGUGUCCCAUGAAACGUCAACGCGUUCAAAUAGAAUCCCCAUACCAGCUUCACCCUGAGGAGCACAACGACCAACGGUGUAGGGGGUGAAAUCAAUUUUCGUUAUCGCCGUCAACCAGCCGGCCCAUAUUAAUCCAAUUAUUAGUGUUUGUUUUCCAAGCACGACUCUUAUCGUUCUGGAAUUGUUCAAGUUACGGAACAUGAUCCUUGAAAGAAUUGCUGAUGUCUAUGAUUCUGGGAGAAACUGAAUUUUAUUUAUUCCCAUAUACCUACGUGACAAUAUCUCGUAGAUAAUUCAAUGAUAAUGAGAGUAUAUUUCACGGAGAUAAUGCUAACACCUAAUUUGUAUUCGCUGGCACGCGCAAAUUGAGCUGUAUAUUGGUAAACCUGUGGGAAACCGCUACGAAACCCACCCCAAGUCACUUUUUAGGGUGCUUUUGCUGGUUCGAUGGGAAUCUGCCGAAUUUAUUAUAUGAAUUUUAAUAAUAGCAAAUUUUUCUCAUAUUAUUGAAAAUGUACACUUUAAUUUUUCUUCACUUAUCAUUUAUUUGUACUACAAUGUGGGUAAAAAGAAGAAGGAAAGGUGAACUUAAAUAUUUUACCACAUUUUUUGCCACAUAAGUAUCAUACACCGUAUGUGGUCGCAAUAAUAGAUUAGCCGAGAUUGGAAAAAAGUUACCCCUCAAAUGGUCGUAUUAUGAAUAAGCCACGCGGCAUCAUUCAAGACUGAUGCACGUGUCGUUUAUACGCCUUUUAUUUCCAGAUUAAGGUGUCGAUAAACCUAAAAAACGGGAUUCUAAUAGCGGUAUUAAAUAAAAAAUUGAUACUCUUAAAUCGAGCUCGUAAACACCCCCUGUAGUUGAGAAACCUUCAAAUUUGUUAAAAAUCAUUUUCCACGGUGGGUUACAAAUAUCACGACAAAAUAAUGAUUUUUAAUUUUCAAUUUUAGAUUGAUAAGGAGAAUUAAAAAAAUAUUGCAAAAUACUUUUCUUAUCAGUGUGUAAUAUGUAUCGAGACUCGUGACUAAAUUUCAGUCUCCACCUUCUUCCUGUUUCAUCUCAUUAACAUUAGCUUCGAAGAUGCUUCCCGUACAAUUAAAUAGCAAAAAAUAUCGACGCGAGUCUUAUCUAAUCAGUAUCCUUAUCAAAAGCCAUGCGAACGUAAAUUGUAUUGUUUCAUGUUAUUCAAUUAUAAUGUUUGUUGAAACAUUCUUGUAUGAGUCAGUCGUUUUAUAUAAAUAACGUGGAAAGACAAAUAAAUUUGACAAUCGUUAAAGGAAAAAUUCAACUUCUGUUUGACAAAUAUUAAGAUAGUUAUCUAUUGCAUUAAUGACCUGUGAUAAUUCUCGGUACACUUGAUAAUCGUUUUAAUCAGUUCCGUUAUUGUUAAUACCUUGUUGGCACAGUGUUAGGUAAAAUUAAACAGGCUCCCACGCAGAUUCGUCGUUAAUAGGGCUCGAAUGAACACGAUCGCAGAUUUAAUCAUUUAAUCGGGAUCGCACGAUGACACCCUUCCCCUGGUCCAUCCCCUUGGAAAAUCUAUAUCACCCUCCAGAGGUGUCACAAUAAAACAGCUCGUGGCUGGUGGCCACUUGACAACGGCUGGAGAUAUUCUCACCCCUAAUGUAUAUUAAACAAGGCUCCCUUUUUUUAUACACCUCUGCAUCCCCCCCCGUUGACUUCGUGGAGUGGCGCUAAUAAGAAUCUAAUUGCUUGGGAACGUUGGGAAUUUUAUUUUCAUUCCACGAAGCUCAUGUUUGUCAAGCCGAGACACAUGGGGGUCUAACAGCGACCUAAGGGUGUCCGGAGGGAUGCUGGAUACGCAUGGAACAGUAUGGGACGGACCAGAGAGGAGCUCCACCCAUGGAGGCUCGUGCUCCGCCUUCGCAAAAUUCAUUUUCCCGGGGGUUGUAUCGUGCUUUCUAUUAGUCAAAUCGGCCCGUUUGGACUCGUCAGUCGGUUUAACAGCUACAAUCGUAACCCGGGUCAAAAGUGUCUCUUAUCCCUCCGAAUAAACUUAAAUACUAAUCCGUUAUUGUUUCGUGAAGUUGAAACUGGUGUUGUGAUCAUAAAAGUGAAGGAGAAUUGUUUUUUAAUAUGGUAAGGAUCGGUUGUGACAAACUUUGUGCAAUAUCUCAUUGACGUAUCAAUUUGUAAGUGAAGCAGUUUCAAUUGUUAAUUUUUUAUAAACCACCCUCCAAGGGUUCAACAUAAAUAUGUAAUUUUUUACAUUUAUUUUGAAAUAUUUUUAUGAAUGUUCGUUAAGAUUCUUUCUUCAGUGAUUAAAUUCUUGUAAAUUUCUGAAACGAGUGACGUGUCAACUUAUCUGUUGAAUGUCAGGGACAAAAGCGCGGAGAGGGUGCGAUAGGAGCAUCCGGUUGGCGCUAUGUCGGUUCAUUUUAUUUUCUGAUGAUUCAACCAGAUUUCCCGCGACUUUUGUCAUCGACCAUCUGAUCGUGCCACGCGACUGAGGAAUUUAGUGAAAUAGUGAUUAAUUCUAAUGAUUCGAACGGUUUGUCUUAGUACCAGGAGAUCCAGAUGUGUUAUUCGUAAAUUACAGUCGAUGCUGACGUACAAUGGUUGUACCGGAGGUACUGUAGACACGGAGAAUGGUUCUCCAGCGGAUUCACUUUUGUCAGCCGAAGGAGAACUCGCUGAAGAAGCUGGGGAUUCGCCAGGUACACCGAGAGAUACCGAGGAGGAGGCUACACUUUCCGAUGAAUUUUAUUCCCACGAUACUGACGAGGAUGAGGAUCAAGGCAAGAAACGAAGAGAUCGCACUAAUUCCCUAGACGGCAUUUCUUCUUCCGGGGGUGGACACCUGGGUUCACCCACCCCCAGAGUAGGCAGUCUAGGAGUUCGAAAGUUGUUCACAAACAGCCGUGAACGUUGGAGACAACAAAAUGUCAGCGGUGCCUUUGCGGAACUUCGAAAAUUGGUACCUACUCAUCCACCAGACAAGAAACUAUCCAAAAACGAAAUUUUACGAAUGGCAAUUAGGUAUAUACGACUACUAAGCAAUGUCCUGGAAUGGCAAAAAGCACAAGACCGAAACGAAAUCAACCAGCACGAAGUUCGAAUAAAAUGUGAGCCUAAUUUCAAUCAAAAUUCAACUAUAUAUCAUACAAAAUCAUCAAUAUUAAAACAAGAGAAGCAAAUGAACGAGAAUCAUGGAUACAGAACAUCUGGUAUCAUACAGUAUCCGGUAUCUCAGGUGGUAUGCGACAAAAAUGGGAAUAAUUUAUUGAUGAUUGCUCCAAAUGGUCAUGGUAUACCUAAUAAGAGAAGUGUCACACCAUUGACUCAGAACCCUUUACCACCGGUUGUGAUCAAUAAUGGAAGUAUAAGAGGGUCUUCCAAUGGUCCACGACCUUCGACCUUCCCAAAAUCACCUCAAGUGAGUGGUCAAGGUAUAAGUUCCAGUAUUACUUGCCCAUCGACUGGAUCUGUGACGAAUAAUGUACCCACUGUUAAUGGAAACGUGCCUAAUUGUGGUCAGAAGAGGUUGAAGAUUGAAAAAGAGGAUGAUGAAUCUGGACAAAAUAGAGAGUGUAAGGUUUUGCCUGUUCAUAACGUCCCUAUGAGGAAAAGGGUGAAAAUGACCUUUGUUAAAGACUCGAAUCCGGGAUUUCGUAAUGAUUUUAGAAAUGUAGAACAUAAAUGAGUUUUAUUUACAUUACUGGAUGAAGAGACAAAGAUAUGUUAAGUGCAAUUUAGUAUAGAACAUGGGUGUACGUAGGUAAGGGUGGGGGGUGGGCCAGGUUCUUCGCUAUUUCCAAAUUUUCAAGUUUCAAAAUUCAAAAAAUCAAAAAUUCAAAAAUUUCUAAGGUACCUAGCCCUCUCCAGAAAAAAAGCCUACUCACUCCUAUGGUAUAGAAAGAAUCUGUACAACAGAACGGUGUAUAAUCUUUCUCAAAGAAUAUUUUAUUAGUUAAAUUGUAUUUAUGUUGAAUCUCAGUCAUACAUAUCGAUACAACGAUACCAGAAAACAAUAACCGAAGAAUCACCAAUGAAUUUCUUAGAAGACACCAACAUGUAUAAUCCAACAAUAUCACAAGAAAAUUUCCAAUACAUAUAAAAUUCCAUCAUUAACGAUACACAGAUUGACAAAAUUCGUACACCGAACAUGGCGAAGAGAAGUCGACGACUACGUGUUACAACAAUUUACUAACAACAAAGUCUGACUCAGAAAUGAAGAAAAUAAACAGGAAUUUAGCAAACGCA